AUGGAGCGAUUUCCAGCCUCUACAUUAUCCCGUUCAGUACCCAUGACAGUCUGCUGGCGACAGGAAUGCUGCUUCAUUUUACAAAUGAGGAGAUGGGGCACGAGGAGAACAGAAGAAUCGAUAACAGAAGAUGACAAGAGGAGAAACUAUGGAGGGGUCUAUGUAGGUCUGCCCUCCGAAGCGGUCAAUAUGGUAUCCAAUCAAACAAAGACUGUACGAAAAAAUUAGAAGAAAAUAUCAUGACUCCAUGAUCAAGAGCUUGCUCAUUAAGAUUUGGAAGGGAUUGCACUCCAUGGGACGUCAUAACGUGCACAGAAAUUUCCAAGGAAAUUCUAAACAGUCACCUGCUUUGCCUCCCCUCCCCACCCAAAUUUCUUAAGUCUGUAGUUGAAACCGUGGGUACAAGUCUAAUGUUGUGGUGCUAGACAGGAAGUGGGCACACAGUACGCGGGCAUGCAGGGCUUCCUGGGUCCACCUGCGGAAGACAAGUGACACAGGCUGGUGCCGGAGCCGGGCUGCCCAUCCAGCAACGUCGUCACCCUGGCCACCCAGCACGGCUCAUGAAGAUCAUGUCUUUUCACUGAUCUUUUUUGAUAGCUUUUAUAUAACAAAAAUCCUUAUUCUAUUUAUAACUUCAGAUACUAAGGCACUAUACAUGAACUCCCUAAAGGAAUAUACUUGUGUGUUAGCUUUCCCCGUUUCUAGUCACAUUAAUUUUUAGCUAUAAAAAUAGUUAAAUUGAUUCCUGCUGUUCUCUUAUCCCCUUUUUUUACUCUUUGGUUUUCAGCUUUAUUUAAGUGUCAGAAAAUUCCUUCUGUUAGGAACAAUGUAUUACGUUGCAACAUUUAAAAAUAAGCCACUGAAAUUUGCAUGCCCCAUGUGCGUUUCUAUUGACUUUCUAUUUUCUGUAGCCAAAGGCGGAUGUCACCCCGGACCCUUCGCAGCCAUCGAUUCUCCCAUCUCCUUGUGUUAAUUCUAUACUGUCUUCAAGGAUUUGUGACUGAUGGUUCGUGGGGUGUUCGGAAAGUUCUUAAUUUGAGGAUGUGUGGCCACUUAGUACUGCAAUGUAGAUUACUCCAUUUACCAAUGUAUUUCAACAAUUAAAACAUUUGUAUCCCUCUUCA